AUGAGCUUUGCAGAGAAGACAACCGCGCAAGCAAGCUCGUCUGCCGUCUGCCAAAUGCCCGAUGUCGGAUACACUGCAAGUCCGGCUUCGGAGUCGAUAGAUUUGAUCCCUGAGACUCGCAAAUUGCAAGGAGUCGCUUGGUUUCUUGUGGUCCUCAGUAUCUUGUCGAGCGUCCUGCUGUAUGCCUUGGACAACACCAUCACCGCCGAUGUGAUUCCUGUGAUCGUAAAAGAUAUGAGAAGAGUAGAGAAACUGCCAUGGCUCUGUGUUUCUUUCAUGAUCGGAGGUGUAAGUUGCGUACUUCCCUUUGGCAGCAUGUACGCCAUGUACGACGCGAAAAAGAUGUACACAAUCUGCAUUCUGCUAUUUUCUGUCGGUUCUGCGCUCUGCGGAGCAGCCCCGAACAUCAACGCUUUCAUCGUCGGUCGUGUCAUUGCUGGCGUUGGUGGUAUCGGGAUAUAUCUGGGUGUCAUGACGCUGCUAUCGUGCAACACAACCGGCGCGGAGCGACCUCUGUAUCUUGGACUUGUUGGCCUCACGUUCGGUGUUGGCAAUGUCAUCGGUCCCCUCAUCGGAGGUGCCUUCGCUGACUCGAGCGCUACGUGGCGAUGGGGUUUUUACAUCAACCUUUGCUUGAUCGGGCUCCUGAGUCCUGUAUAUGUGUUUCUCAUCCCGGGUCAAAAGCCCCAGCUUUCGCUCACUGUGCUCGCUGGGCUCGCUCGACUGGACACUGCUGGCGUGGUUCUCAGUAUCGGCUGCCUGGUCUGCCUGGUCAUGGGCAUCAACUUCGGUGGAACACUCUACGUUUGGUAUAGCACGCCAAUCAUCGUGCCGAUGGUUCUUGCUGGGGUCCUGCUCAUAGCCUUCAUACUUCAGCAAAAGCUGGCACUCUUUACGACCAAGUCAUGCCGCUUGUUCCCAGCAGCCCUCUUGACUAAUCGGGAAGCGAUCCUUUUGUUCGUCUUGACCGCAACAUUCAACUCUGCUGGUUUCAUUCCCAUCUACUACAUCCCAACAUACUUCCAGUUCACGCGCGGUGACUCCCCACUGGAGUCUGGCAUAAGACUACUGCCGCUCAUCAUGACCAUCACCUUUAUGAUCAUCGUCAACGGAUCCUAUCUGUCAAAAGGUGGAUACUACAUGCCAUGGUUCUUGGUAGGGAGCUUGCUCGUGCUGGUCGCAGGUGUUUUGUUCUCGCUGAUUGACGACACGACAUCCGCAGCAAAGAUCUACGGCUAUCCUGUACUCCUGGGAAUCGGUUCUGGAUGUGGUAUGCAAUCUGCAUUUUCUGUCAUUCAGACCAUAACAAAGCCUGAGCAUGUCUCCUCUGGUAUUGCUUUCAUCAUGAUUGCACAACUGCUGAGUGUCUCAUUAGCACUAUCCAUCUGCGGCACUUUGUUUGUCAACACUGCUCUCAACAAUCUCCAAGCACUUCUGGUCAACCACACACGAGCAGAGCUUCAAGCAGCACCACUCGGCAUGGGCGGAGACUUCUUUGAGUCGCUGGAUCCCGGCUAA